CGCUCAAACAAAAACAUCAAAACAUUUCUCUUUUGAUACUCGACCUAAGUUGUGGACUUGUGGUGGAGAGAAAUCCAAGCUAGCUCAUUCUUCACACACUCCCUCGCCGUUUCCAAAAAAGGCAACACAACCAUUUUAAAAUUGAUUAAUCCUAUUCAUCUUUCUAGAUUUUCAUGCACCGGCAUAUAUGUAUGUGAACACUGCUUAUCAGUUAUCACACACACCUUAAUUUCUAAUAGUCGAGUAUUCAUUUCUAUCAUAUAUUCCAACGACAAAGGUUGCGAGUGAAAAAUCUAGGAUAUAUUCAUGUUGGCUUUGUCACCUUUGAGAAGCACAAGAGAUGAAAGCCAAGGAGCGAUGGAGAGUUUCUCAAUUGGAACCGAUGACUUUGCAGACCUCUCAGAAGGGAACUUGCUUGAAAGCAUCAACUUCGAUGAUCUCUUCAUGGGAAUCAACGAUGAAGAAGAUGCCUUGCCGGAUCUGGAGAUGGACCCUGAAAUGCUUGCUGAAUUCUCCCUCAGUGAGGAAUCCGAGAUAGCCUCAUCACCACUUUCAGUUUCAGUGCCAAAUAAAAACAAAUCGGAUAGCAAUACUAAUGGGAAGAACAUAGUUACUACGAAGAAACAAGAAGAGGAUAAUAAAGCAGCCAAUUCUUCUUCAGAUUCGGGGUCAAGUCAGGAGAUAGUAAGCAAGAGUGAUGAAUCAGUGGUGGUGGAUCCCUCCCCUAAGGAAAGUGAAAAGGGAAGAAAAUUAUCAACUCAUCAAUCAAGGAAUAAUCCUCAAGGGAAGAGAAAGGUGAAGGUGGAUUGGACCCCAGAAUUGCACAGGAGAUUCGUGCAAGCAGUGGAGCAGCUAGGAGUGGAUAAGGCUGUGCCUUCAAGGAUUUUGGAGAUUAUGGGAAUUGAUUGCCUCACUCGCCAUAACAUUGCUAGCCACCUUCAAAAAUAUCGAUCACAUAGGAAGCAUUUGCUAGCGCGUGAAGCUGAAGCAGCUAGAUGGAGUCAACGAAAGCAAUUAGCAGGUGUAGGUAUAGGAGGAGGCAAGAGAGAAGUGAACCCUUGGCUUGCACCAACCAUGGGUUUCCCUCCCAUGACACCAAUGCACCAUUUUAGACCUUUACAUGUAUGGGGGCAUCACACCAUGGACCAGUCCUUCAUGCACAUCUGGCCUAAACAUUUAUCCUAUCCGCCGCCGCCACCAACAUGGCCGCCACGGACAGCUCCAUCUCCGCCGCCUCCGGAUCCUUUAUAUUGGCAUCAACAUCAACGAGCUCCAAACGCGCCAACCCCGGGAACACCGUGUUUUCCACAACCUCUGACAACCACGAGAUUUGGGUCUCAAACUGUUCCGGGCAUCCCACCACACCAUGCAAUGUACCAAAUAGUAGAUCCAGGCAUUGGCAUCCCGGCCACCCAACCACCACCUCCACCCCUCUUCGACUUUCAUCCGUCAAAGGAGAGCAUAGAUGCGGCUAUUAGUGAUGUUUUAUCAAAACCAUGGUUACCACUACCUCUUGGUCUUAAAGCUCCAGCACUUGAUGGUGUAAUGGGUGAAUUACAAAGACAAGGGAUUCCCAAAAUCCCUCCCUCUUGUGCUUGAAUGGCAUAAAACCCUAAUUCGACGACUUCUCAAUUCUCAUCUAUUGCAUGCAUGUUGGAAUGUGCAUGCUUGCUUCUUAAUCUACUUCUAGCAAAAAGAUGGGAAGAAAAAUUAUAUAUACAUGGAACUUUUUCUUUGGUCAUGUGCUAUGUCCAGCGCGAGUAGUUAAGCCAUUUUGUGUAAUAUGUGAGAUUCUACAGGCUGUGAUUUUGAUGUAAUUAGUCUUAGAUGAUCGUAUGAGACUAAUAAAAGUAUGGUGAGGAAUUUCAGUAACUACUUUUGAGAAA